AUGAAAAGAUAGCUUGGAACAUUCCCUUUUUGGGUAUUGCCUGUGAUAGCAAUGCUAGUUUCUGCAUUUGGAAUAUUAGCUUCUUACACUAUUGCUGUCAAAUUAGGUCAUGUUAAUCCUUUCCCUAACACAGAUAUUACCCAUGCUGCCAUCAAGUACCCUGAAUACAUUAUUUUCCGUGCUUUUCUAAUGGUGGGUGCAAUACUAAUAGCUAUUGUGAUGUUAAUUGUUUCAUGGUGGUUCUAGCUUCAAGCUGAAAAAGCUAAUGUCACUCCAAGUGGACUUAAUUUUAUAGGCAAGGGUGGUGUUUCAGCUGGUUUCUUAUUAUGCCUUUCUACAGCAUCGAUUAGUGAUGGUGGAGAUAUGGACUGGAUUCCUCAUAUUAUUGGUGCAACUGGUUUCUUUAUCACCAUAGUUUUCGUUAUUGGUGUAUGUACUGAAAAUUAUGUCAAAAUUUACAAAGCUAAUCCCAGAUUCAUUCCAUUCUACAGUUUUGUAAUUAAAAUAAUACUUCAAGCUAUUAUUUUAAUAUUUGUCGGACUAUACCUAUAUGCAUAAAUUGGUAAAAAUGCUCCCGAUUGGCUUGGUAAUGCUGUAGAGUGGAUUCUUACUCUUUUAGUAAUUCUAUAUAUUGGUACAUUUGCAAUAGAUUUGAGUAAUGUAGAGGGGCUCGUUUCUUAUGACCAUGAUGAAGCUAAUUAGACAGAAGAUAUGCAAAACAAAGAAACAAGCUCAUCGGAAUGUAAAUGUGUGUCAUAAAACAAAGAGGACAAAUAAAUAUAACUUAGAAAUACUUAAGACUCAGAAGGAGAAUUUUAUGUUGAAAUGCCGAGUUAUUAAAAUAUAAAUCAACCCUUAAAUCAAAAGAUUUGA